GCCAGUCCAGUCGCGUCGCGAGAGACGCACAGCUGUUCGCGAAAACUUAUCUCGCAUUGGAAUUUAAAUUUAAAAAUGAUUUAAAAUCGUGUGCAUAUUAAAAUAUUACGUUAAACAGUGUCUCAUCGUGCGCGCCUACAAAAAGAAUGUUCAAACGUACGUUCAAAGUGGUUUAUCGGCCAAUUAGAAACAAUUUUCUGCUACUGCCGGAUCAGUACUACGGCGUUGUCUCAACCUAUGAUACUGGCUGCCUCAGCCUACAGUACAAUGGCCGUGUACACUACGCCUCGUGGGCACCCCAGGGGGGCGGUGGUGGCAUCAAAGACACCGAAAUUGGGAUCAAUGCCAGGGCGGCCAAGGAGCUCGGUCUGCAUGAAAAUGACUUGGUCAAGUGCGCCCUCAUCGCUGACGUCCUAAAUCUUCGCAGUGUUCACGUCACGCCCGUUUCGGCCAAAGAUUGGGAGAUCAUUGAGCUGAGCACCGAGAAAAUCUCUGGCAGUGUCCUGGAGCAGACGCGCAUUGUAAACUCGUCGCAAAUUUUACUUGUUUGGAUUAACAAGUCGAUGCAAGUGGCGCUGACAGUGGAUCGUCUUAAACCGGUUAUUAGUUAUGGACGCAUUGAUCAUAAUACUGAGCUGGUUGUGGCGCCUAAUCUCUACAAGGGACUCACUAAUGGCAAUACUAAUGGCAACGAUGAGGAGAGCAGCAAACUAUCCCGAAGCAAGACCAGUGCACAGGUGCGGGAUGAGUUGGUAACUCCAACACCUCUUGCCCAUUCUGCCACGAUGAGCAAUGUUAAGAAUAAUUUGCAGCGGAAUAAACGACAGGAUCAUAUGCAGCGUCUGAAGAAGGAUUUGCGGCGAGAGAGCUCGCGUGUGUUUGAGUUCCGGGUCAUACGUGGACUGUGGCAUGAACAGGCACAGGAAUCGGAUGUGUACAUAAGGCAAACACAUUUGCCCGAAUUCAUGGAUCUGGAGCAGUUCUAUAGCAUGAAAACCGCUGGUGAUAAGGAAUACUAUGUGCGUGUUCGAUUGGUCAGCGAUGAGGAUGGCGAUUUGCCCGCCACCAUUCAUCCCUCCAUCGAACUGAAUGCGAAUCUGAUGAAGCUGUUGAACAUCAAGGAACUGGAACGCGUUGUCCUGCGCCCAAAAGUAACCGUGGUUAACUUUGUGGAGAAGAUUGAGCUGUUUGCGCACAAGAAGACCCAUUACAAGAUCAUUGAGAAUGCAUUUAAGCGAUUUGUGAUUGAGAAAACCCAAAAGACGCCCAUGUUGUUUAACCAGGAGGAGGUGGUGCGCCUGGAGGAUGACCUCCUGGUCACAGUAGGCAUUCUUCCCGAACACUUUCGCUAUUGCGUUGUAGAUGCACAAUUUCUAAAGGAAUCCAAAAUCUAUGCUGCCGACCUGGUGCGUCCUGUCAAUGAAAUCAUCAAGGAGCAGCCGCCAGUUACAACUCCGUUGAGUGUGAAGGAUCUAAUACGAUUACCAGAGUACGAUAAGAUUGUGGAUCAUGUGGUUAGCGAGCUACGCAUGAAUCUGUGUCUCAAUGCCCAGAACUCAGUGCUGCGACAGGGAAAUGUCCUGUUGACUGGAGCCGCCGGCACUGGGAAAACGGUGCUUGUGGAGCGUAUACUGGAGCAGCUAUCGCGACAGCCGGAUUAUUGUUAUUUCGAUAUCUUUUACUGCUCGCGGAGUAAGGGACGCAAAACGGAAUCCAUUCAGAAGGAUUUGCGCAACAUUUUCACCAGCUGCCUGCAACAUGCACCCGCAAUUGUUGUCCUGGAGAAUCUGGAUGUGCUGGCCCAUGCAGCCGGUGAGCAGACUAGCCAGGAUGGCGAGUAUUUUAAUCGCAUGGCGGACACGGUUCAUCAGCUUAUCAUGCAGUAUACCAGCAGCAAUGCCAUUGCCGUGAUUGCCACCGUCAGUGAGCUGCAGACGUUGAAUAAACGUCUGAGAGCACCACGUGGUCGACAUCUGUUCCAAACUAUAGCCCGAUUGCCCAGUCUGGAGCGUGCCGAUCGUGAGAUUAUACUGCGUGAGCUGUGCAGUCAUAUUGCGUCCAAAGAUCUCGAUGUGGUCAAGUUCUCUAAUCUAACCGAAGGCUAUCGCAAAUGCGAUCUUGUGCAGUUUGUGGAACGCGCCAUCUUCUAUGCUUAUCGGAUCAGCAAAACCCAACCGCUGCUUACGAAUGAGCAGCUCAUUGACUCUCUGGAGCACACGAAUUCCUAUUGCCUGCAGGGCAUUCAAAGCAAUCAAAAGACUGGCUCCGAACCGAAUGCCAAUGAAAUGCGCGUCGAGGAGCUGCCUGGACUGGAAUCUGUGGUAACUGUACUCGAGGAGGUUCUAAUGUGGCCUUCAAUGUAUCCCACAAUUUUCAACUCCUCGCCGCUGCGUAAUCAGGCGGGUGUACUACUUUAUGGUCCACCUGGAACGGGCAAAACUUUCCUCGUCUCGCAACUGGCCAGCUGCUGGAGUCUGCGCAUCAUUUCGGUCAAGGGUCCUGAGCUGUUGGCCAAGUACAUUGGCCAGAGCGAGGAAAAUGUGCGCAAUCUGUUUAAUCGAGCGAGGAGCGCCAAGCCGUGUGUACUCUUCUUCGAUGAGUUUGACAGUCUGGCGCCGAAACGUGGUCACGACUCGACGGGUGUGACCGAUCGCGUGGUCAAUCAGCUGCUCACGGAGCUGGACGGAGUUGAGGGACUGCAGGGGGUUACAGUAAUAGCGGCAACAUCGCGACCUGAGCUACUUGAUCCGGCCCUACUGCGUUCUGGACGCAUUGAUCGCCUUGUGGAGUGUCCACUGCCGGAUGCAGUUGCUCGGGUGAGUAUAUUUGAGGCACUCAGCGCUACGUUAAAUCUGGAUGAGUGUGUGGACUUUGAUUGGUUUGCGGGAAGAACACAAAAUUACACUGGCGCUGAUAUCCAAAGUAUUCUGACAUCGGCGAACAUGGCUGCGGUUAAGGAGGCGCUGUCACAAUUCGGACACGAGAAACUGCCAAAGAAAAUUUUAGUGAAGCAAAAACAUCUUAUCGAAUCCUUUCAAUCAACCCGUCCAUCGCUGAGCAUCGCCGAUGUGUCCAAAUAUAAGAAAACGUACGCACGCUUCACGAACAAGGAGAAGGGAUCCAGGGAAUUUGUGGCCAAAAGAGCCACAUUGGCAUAACUCUAAAAACUAAACUAAGCUAAAGUUAUAGUAUAUAACUGAUUAACGGUUCAAUGGGAUAUUACGAGUAAAUGCACUCAUUUUUAUUAAGUGUUACUCAUGUUUUUGGGUUUCUUUUUUAUAUUUGUUGACAAACGCGAAAUAAAAUGCGAUUUUAUUUAA